AAAAACAAAAAGUGAUAAGAAAGUUAGAAUCUGUAAAUGUUGUGGUAGUGAAUACUCAAUACCUCAAAAACUUCGUGAGCAUCUUAAGCGAAAAAAUCUAUGCAAACCAUUACAAGAAGCUAACCAACAACCCAUUGAAGAGAAUAUUCAAAAACCUGUUCAAAAAGAACUUGGUCUAGGUGGAUGUCUUAAAACAGAAAACUUGGAUGACUGUAUAACUCUCUGUUAUGAUCUUGAACAAUACGAUCCAGAAGUAGUUAGACCACCAACAAAAGAGGAAUUAAAAGAAGAGAUUAAGAAGAGACAAGAAAGACCAGAAAAAGACCUAGAGUUUAGAGAGCAAGAAGAGUUGAGAAUGGCAGUUAAAAGAAGUGCUAUAGCUAUACAUCAUGCAAAAGUUUCUAAAUCUCAUCCAGAUAAUAGAAGUGAUAUACGAAAAAU